CGCAUGUGAGGGAGUAUCCACCACCGCAACGGCUUUUCCACUCACAGACUCAACAGCCUCAAAACCACAGCUCAGACUCUCAACCUCCCACCUCUCAGCAGUCAAACCGUCGCACCUCUCAACAGCUUCACCAGGACAACUCUCCGGUAUCUCAGCAUCGUACCUCUCCAUUAUCUCACCAAGGAGCAUCUCCAAGGACCUCUCAAUCCUCUCAAGCUCAAACUGCUCGGUCCGCUGAAGCUCAGAGUUCCAGUGAAGAAGCUUCCUUUUAGAAUGCACUGCAAACCUCGCAGAAGACCAGCUGAGAAUCCUAAAUGCACUGCUCACGAAGCCUGGCCGGGAAGAGUAUACGACGGUCCUCUCUCCCACUCCAAAGCCAAAUACAACAUGAUUUGGUCGUGACAAGUCUUCAUUGACUUGGAAGAUUACUAAAAUCUUCACAAACAAGUUUGAUGGUCCAUUCUAUAGUUGGACUUGUGUGCCUCGGGACAGACAGGAAAGAUACUUCGUGGAGUUUGCGAAAACCCACACCUGGGAUCCUUUAAUAACCGGUGUGGUUCAAGAGCAUUUUGAAGCUAUCUGUCAACGCCGGAUGAAAGACAUGGUGAGUACCUGUAGGACUUCUCGGGAGCAGCCGAACUGGAUUGGCGAUACACCAUGGGAAAAGAUGACCAAAGCCAGGGACACUAAAGACUGUAGAGAGAGGAGAGCGACAACAUCAUCGGCUUGGAUGUCUGAACGUGGAGGUCUAGGUCCGCCUAUACACUUAUCAGGACAGAAGUCAUAUCUUCAAAUCCAACAAGAGAUGGAGGAGGAAUUGGGAAGACCGGUGAGUCUUGGUGAAGUUUUCAUCAAGACUCAUACCAGAAAAGAUGGCACUUAUGUUGACCGAAAGGCUCAGACUGUAGCUGAAACCUAUAAGAAGAACUUGGAAGCCAAGUUUGGUGAGCUCUGGACAGACAACUUGGGCACAUCUGAUGUGACUUUCACCAAUGAGAGAGGAAGACCUUAUGGUGUAGGAAGCCUCUCUCAGUCGCAUGUCAAUGGCAAAAGGAAGUACUCUGGAAGCACUUUUGCAUUCAACACUCUGCAAGAUCAGUUACAACAAGCUCAACAAAAGAUAGAAGAACAGGUGGCUGAGAAUGCAAGGCGUGAAGCAGAACUUACCAAGGUUGUAGCUGCCCAACAAGCCAAGAUCGAGCAAUUGACAUUGCUCGAAAGGUAUCUAAGUGAAACUGAUCCAAGGUUCUUGGACUUCAAGGCUGCUAACUCUGUUCCCACGUCUUCACCUCCAACCCCUGCUCCAACAGCUGCUGCAACCGGUGGUGCUCCAAACGUUGCUUCAACCACUCCUCCAAACGAUGCUUCAGCGGCUCAUCUUUUUCAAACUCAUUUUGAAUAUCUCCUUUAUUGUGUUUUUGGGCAAUGGUUGUGAACUUGACUACUGUUUGCUAAUAUGGUAACCAUUGUAUUUGCUAAUGUUUUGGGAACAAUGUUUUUAUUUUGAUGUUGUAAUACAUUAUUAGUAUUAUUAUGCUUUUAAUUUUAAGGCAA